CCAAUCAAUGCCUGUCUCUUACGGGAGAAUCUCACCGGAAACGCAUUGAGUUGAUAUCCAACUCCCUCUGUGAUUCUUGUCGCAGCACCUGUUAGCAUCGAUUGCCGCGCCCUACAAUUAUAAACCAAAAUGGCAGCUUGGGGCCUCCUCGACGACAAGGAGGAAAAUGAGCUGCACAAGUCUCGACUUUUGAAUGUAGAAGAGAAGCCAUUCAAGCGUACAAUCAAGCGCCUCAGCACUCUUCACUCCAUAGCAGUCUUUCAAGCCCGCCAGGCAUUUCCAGGGAGCAACGGCCCUCUUACCCAGCCCAAUCAGCAACAGCACGAUGGCAUUUCCCCGGCCCCAAACGGCGACGUCUCCUUGACCGACCUUGCGCAGCUCAAAGAAGACAUCACGCUCGAUUUCGCUGCCUUUGACAGUAGCAUUGCCCGCCUGCAAUUCCUGCUGACUGCCAACGAGCGCGAGAGGGAACGGUACGCGGCCGAGCGCGAACGGAUAUUGAGCACGUCGCGAUCUGUCCGCGACAACACGGCGCAGCUCCGCCUUCAGCUUGAUCAGGCCCGUGCGACGCUCGAGCAGCGCCGCAAGUUCGAUGAACUGGCCGACGCCAUUACGAGCAACCCAUCGCUGCGCCCACGCGCCGAGCAGGCUGCGAACUUGCAGAAGCUAGAGGAGGAAAUUGCUGAGCUAGAGGAGGAGAGCAAGACAUAUGCCGCCACAUGGCUUGAGAGGAGGGACCAAUUCGCCAAAAUCAUGGACGAGAGCAUGCGGUUACGGAGGCUGAUCCGGGAUGAGAAGGAAGAGGUUGAACGUCGCGAGGGAAUGGAUGACGAGGGUGGGCAGACGCCCAGGCCUUCCGGGCUCGCCAGCGGCAAUGCUACCCCGAGACCAGAGAGCGGGCUGCUGCCCAAGAGCGGUGCCGAGAGCGGCGAGGCUGUCGGAACGCCGCGCCCGCUGUCUACGACUGGUGGGCGGACGCCGGCUCGAGAAAGCCCCGCUCCCGGACAAGAAAGCCAGUCGUUCCUCAAGCCAAGAUCGGAUAUUGUUGGAAGCUUCUCGCAGACUGGCAGCCAGGCAGAGAGUCGCGAAGGCUCCGUUGACAGAGAAGCCAAGGCGGAGCAAGACGAGGUGGAGGAGGGAGAGGACGUGGAAAUGGGCGAGACCAAGGCCGAUGAAUCAGGGGCUGAUAGCCCGCUGACACCCCCUCCGGCUGAUGACACGCCGCAGAUAGUGGUUGAUGGCCAGACCGACACGAUGGAUACGAGUUAGUUCACAGUCUAGGAUGGAGGCGGACUGGCGGCUGGUACCUAACAAAUCACAAGGAAGCGACUUCGUGCUUGAUGAUAGGGUCACUGCCUCUGGUACAAAACAUGCUAUCUCCGUAACCUCUAGGCAAUUAAUACAACCUGUUUACUGCGCC